ACUAAUGUAAUGUAAGAGACUGAGACGGAGUUUCUGUGUUCAGUGUAUAUUAUAACUUAUUUUUUUUUUUAUUACAAUUUGUUUAUUAUUUAAAGCCCUUUUUUAGUAAUAAUAUCCUUCUCCAGAGUAAGUUCUUAUAGAAAUUAACAAAUUUUAAUAUUAUUCAAACAUCUAACGAUUAAUUUGAGGAUAAAAAAUAUAAAUAUACCCACAAAUGAACGUAUAAAAUGAGUUCUAUUCAACAAACUGGUAGAUUUCUGCCAUUUACUAAUAACAGCAGCAAUAUACAGCGCAAGCAGUUGUCGACUCAAGGAGGUUUGCCACAAAGUUUGAGCGGAAGUGAUACCGAUGUAUCAACAUCUAAUGAAAAUUUAAGCAAUGAAGAAAGGUAUGUCAUAAGACAUACUGCAAGACAAGAGCCUCAGGGUCAAGAAAAUCAACAACAGCAAAGUCCAUCAAGAUCUUCCAGUCAUAAAGAAAAUAUACCAAAUAUUCAAGGUAACUUGAUAAACCGUAACAGUUUGAAGGAUAGUUUAAAUGGAUCAAACAGAAACAGUUUAAAGGAGAGUUUAAAUGGGUCAAAUAGAAAUAGUCUUAAAGACAGUAUCAAUGGAUCGAAUCGUAAUAGUUUGAAGGACAAUUUGAGUAAUCGAACAAGCGUGGGAUCUAACCGUAGUAGUCUUGAUAUAUCAACUAGUUCAUAUAAUACACUCAUUAUUCAUAAUGCUAAUGAUGAAAACGGCUGGUCACCAUCUGGACGGUUGUCUAGUAUCGUUCGCGAGCAUGGUGGCGAUGUGGGUUAUUUGUAUAAUGAAGGAGGUGGUGGUGGUGGUGGUGGUGGUGGCGGUGGUGGUGGCAAAGGUCACUCAAAUAGUCCGACAAUGCAAUCCUUAACGAGUUUACCGCAUGACGAACGUUUUUAUGAGCAACCGAACAAUGGUGGAUGUCAAGAAAUUAAUGAUAUCCCUGAUGAUUAUCUUAAUCAGUCUCAGGUUUUGAAACAUCUUGCGAAAGAAGUUAAGCCGUAUUCAAAGCUCCAGAGUGGUGGAAAUAAUUUAGAAAUAAGAAUGCGCGAAGUUGAUAGAGCUAAACAAAUAAAUAAUGAGUUCAACGAUCGGUCUCAGUCGUCUUAUACCUCGAUACUAAUGCCUGCGAAAAGUAAACACAGAUUAUUAGGGCCUACGGAAAAAUUGACACUAUCAAGAUCACAGCCAGAUUUAUCGCGAAUUGAUAAAUUAGAUUUCGAUGGAUAUGAUUCUCCUGCAACAUCUCCGCGACCACAAACGAAAGGUAGAGAGGAGGUUGAAAUAGCUACUGGAGAAAUUUGGCCUCCAUCUGAAAUGGUCCAAAUAAUAAUUCAAGAAAACAGUGCCUUAAAACUUGAAUUAGAGCGAUGUUACAGCAAGGUAGCAAAGUCUCAAAAAUUAGAGCAAGAAAUAUCAAAAGUUCACCGAGCACACGAAGAGUUGGCUGCUUCAUGCGAGCGACGUGAGAAACUUGAACGUGCGGCACGUCUAAGGCUUCAAAACGACUGUCGUCGAUUAACUGAGUUAAAUCGUGCUUUGAGAGAUCAAAUUGAUUUACUCUCUUCACGAUCUGAUAAUCCACCUAUUGUUGAAUCCAUGCGGAAAGAGUUGACGCAGAGAGAAUUAUUAAUUGGGCAACUUAUAACGCAGAAUAAAGAAUUAGCAGCGUCCAAAGACAGGCAGGAAAUAGAAUUAGCUGCACAGAGAGCAACAUUGCAGGAGCAACGUACGCAUAUUGACAUUUUAGAUACAGCAUUAACAAAUGCCCAAGGAAACGUUGUACGUUUAGAAGAAGAGUGCCGUAAAAAACAAAUUUAUGUAGAGCGAGUCGGUCAAUUACAGCGUGCGUUGUCGUCAUUACAAGCGUCAAGUGACAGACGUGAAGAGACUGAGCGACACUUACGUGGUCAACUCGAACGCGAAUUACGUGAAGGUGGUAGUGGAUCUAAUGGCCACGAGCAAUCAUCAAACGGCGAGACAAUAACUGAAUUAAAGAGACGAUUACGCGAGCGAGAUGAAAAAAUAAUGUCGCUUGAAGGUGACGUCGCUAAAUGGGAGCAACGAUAUUUGGAGGAGAGCGCGUUACGUCAAGCAGCUAUUGAUGCAGCUAGUCUUCCCAAGGAUGCUAAAAUAGCAGCUUUGGAGAAGACAAGUCAAGACGCUGAAAAAAUGAUCGCUGAAGCAAGAUCUGAAAAAAUGCGUCAUAUGGACGAAGUUCAUGCCGCUCAGAAAAAAUUGGCUGAUCUCGAAUCUCGAAUGAAAGAUCUCGAGUCGAAGCUGGCUGAGCGAGAUGCAAUGAUACGUGUCCUUCAGAAGCAUACAUACGACAAAGACAGUAGCAGCAGCAGUGGAAUGGGUAGUUAUCCAGCGGUACAUUCCUCUCAUUCAAGCACGUCUGCAGAUCACACAGGAUUAACAGGCACUCCUGAAUUAGUUUCACGUAUGUCAUCAGUGAGCAGUGUGUUGGGUGGGACCAGUGGCUAUGGCAGUACUGGAACGUCCUACGGCGUCACUGACAGCUAUAAGUAUCGUAACCAAGGUAGCUUCGAACAAACAAACAAGAGUCUUGGUGAUCAACUCAAAGAACUUGAUUCCCAGCUACUCAGUAAGCGGGCACUUUGCUGUUUUCCAGGAUUCUCUAAUCCAGGCACUACGUCGCGAAAAGGAAAAAUAUCCAAACCACUAUUGGCGGGCGUAGGUCACAGCACUGGUAGUUCCAGUACCGCUUCAAGUAAGAGCCGUCUGUUGGACGACUCUGGGGGUGAACCAACUGUUGCUGGUGUUGGUGUUGGUGUUGGUAGUGGUGUUGGUGGUGGGGGUGGUGCAGGUGAAGGAGUAAACGGAGGAGGAUUGAUUGAAUUCACAAGUUCAACAUCUGCAAGAUACAACAAGCAAGGUAAUGCCGUUGUUGCUGUGUCGUCACGUCUGUCCGACGGGAAACCCGAGGACAUGAUGUUGCUGGAGAAACAGGGUAGAAGUUCACAGAGACAACGUAUGCAAGAGGGCGAGCCCCGUCGAGCUGGCAGUCUACCACCAAGUUCAUUGCCACGUCCGCCACGUGCUCUCAAGUCCAGCGGGAAUUCCCGCUACUGUCGGCUAAGCGACACCGAGACCCGAAAAAAAUCAGACCCUGGGCCCAGUGUCAUCGACACUAUCAAGACAACCCGUGACUCGGGUAAUUGCACCCUCGAGUACGGAAGAUUCGACAGUGGGAAAGGAAUGAGGCGUAAAAAAUCGGUCGCUGACGCUUUUGUACCCAACACGCUCAAAAAACCUUCCAGUGGGGAGUACGAACGGCUGGGCGAGGUCGACAGAAAGAAGAUGAUACUUGGUGGUGGGGACGUUAAACACCGUGAGACUCAAGGCCGUUCGUUGAUACCACCGCCUUCACGACGCAUCGGUGAUUACGGAAGAUUAAGUGACGGAGAUGCCAAAGCUACGCUCAGAAAACAAACAGGUGGCUCAUCAGUUCGUGGUCUCAGCACUGGUAGCAUGGUCAGCAGCAAAAGCGGCGGACGUGACUCUGGAGGCACUGCCAGUAGCGAUGCAUCUACAUCUUCCUUACCGCCUACUAAAGCUCGGUCUAUACCCAGACCCAAUAAUUACCGCAUACAAUUUUAAUUUUAUCCCUCAGCUUAUUUUAUUUUAUAAUUAUUUUAUUAUAUGUGAUUUGAUUAUUAAUUGUAUUAGGAUGUGGAUUAAGAUAAUAAGAAGGGAAUAGAUUUAAUCGUCAGGCUGUUAUAUUAAAUCAGUUAAUUUUUUUAGUCUGGAAUCUCAAGUACGCCAUAAUUAUUUUUACUCUUUUGAUACAAUCAUUUUUAAUUAUUAUUUUGGUGGAAUAAAUUUAAAAAAGAAAUCCUCGAUUAAUGUUGUACCUAAAAAUUUUUUGUCAAAUUAUAAUAACACUUUUACAUACAUAGAUAUUUAUGUUAAUAAUUAUACAAACUAGUCAUUACCAAAGUAAUAAUUGUUUUUACGCACAAUGAAAAUUAAUAAUUGUUUAUCAGUAAAUUUAUCUUCCAUUCAUUAUUGACUAAUUAAUCAAUAAGGUAAUUAACGAAGUUUUUUUUAUAAAAGUGCCUUUUUCAAUGCCUACAUUUGGUCAGUACAACUCAUAAUUCUGUGCCUUUCUGUAUAAAUAUUGAUAUUGAGUAUUUACAAAAAAAAAAAAAAAAAUUAAUAAUAAUGAUCUUUUAUAGUGUAGGAUUUCAUAAGACUGAAAAAUGAAUAUUGACGCAAUUAAAAUUGAUUUUUCUUUUUAAUUAGCUCUUUAUUUUUCAUACAAAUGAACAAAAAAGUAACAAUUGUAUUGAUAAUGAUAAUUUAAAUUACUGCUGUACCAAAUUGAAACAAUAAGUCGACGUGGUAAAUUAGACUGUACACCAAAGGUCGAUCCUUUUCUUAUUAUUUUAUUUAUCCUAUUUCUUAUAUAUUGAGUAAAACCAAGUGAUUAGUUUAAUAGUAGAUUUUAAUUAUUGUAACCAAUAUUUAUUUGUGUUUGUGUUUAUUAUUAUGUAUUAAAAGAAGAAAAAAAAAAUUAAACGUCGAUAGAUCUAACGAAUACAGAGUGCUGUAAAAUUGUUUGUAAAAAAUAACUUUUUUUUUUCGAUUGUGAUGUAGUAUAGUUAUAGAUCUAAAUUUGUGGCUUAGUAUAACGAUUUUUGUGUGUAUGCGUAAAAGUUUAAUUAAGUAUCAGCUAUUUUUAAUUUAGUAACAGUAUAGUAUGACAUGUACUGAUAUUUGAUGAUUUAACUUGCAUUAAUUUUUUUGUACUCGAAUUAUUUUUUUUUUCGCAAAAAACAUUGUAUGCAAGAAUACCAAAAUGUUUCGUUCUUCGUCACCAAAGAUAUUUAUUGUUCUCGCGUUAAUUGUACGGUGUAACCAAAUAUUUCAACAAGUUAAAUAUUUUUGCGUAUUACAUCUAUAAUUAAACGAUGAAGCGCUUUAAUUGUUUUUUAAAAAUGUUUGCUCUCUAUUUUUUAUAAAGCCGUAUUGGUAAUUUUUUACUUUUGUUUUAUUGUAUUUAUUUUUUAUUUAUUAAAUUUCUUAACUCCAGUACUUGUACUGAUUUAAUUGGAAAUUUUUGUUUAUGUAAAAAUUUUUUUGGCUCGAAAAUAGAUAGUAAGCAAACGUACCAUUGAAUGUAUAAAAUUUCAUUAUAAUUAAAAAUGUGUAUGACGUAUUUUAAGCCUUUAUACUAACAAAAUACCAAUGUAUUGUUUUUGUUAAUU